AUUCUCAGUUUUACUUAGAAUUUUACAAAAGUGAGAAGGAAAAAAGUACAAAAUUAUGUAUUUCUUGGGGAAAAGUUUUGUAAGAAAUUUAUUAAAAAAAAGAAUUAUUCUCAAUUCAAUGGGUAAAAUGAAGAGGAAUUUUUGUGUUGGUGAAAGUGGUGCAAUAAAUAAGGAAAAAUUAUUAAUGUCGCAUUAUCCACGUUUUGAAAAAAGUAUUAGUGAUAUAGUUGAUACGUGUGAUCCAUCAAGGGCAGGAAAACACAUUGAAGAAGUGUUAGAUUACACGACAGCUGGUGGAAAGAAAACUCGUGGAAAACUACUAGUGGCUGCUUUUGAGGAAAUUGCUCCAAAGGAUAAAUUAACGGAGGAAAUGUUUACAUUAGCCGCUUACCUGGGAUGGUGCGUUGAAGCGUUUCAUGGACUUAUUCUUAUUAUGGACGAUAUUAUGGAUGGAAGUUUGACAAGAAGAGGGCAAACAUGUUGGUAUAGGCGUCCUAAUAUCCAAAUGUCCGCCAUUAAUGACGCCGUAAUGCUUGAUGCCGCCAUUUAUGAGUUUCUUCACGAAAAGUUCCACCAUUUGCCAACAUACGCAGAUAUUAUUCAUUCAUAUCACAGAAAUGCUCUUAUGCUGUAUAUGGGACAAUAUCUGGACGUAUUAGCAAUGCAACAAGAUGUCUUGACAUUCACAAUGGAGCAAUGUAGGAGAAAUGUCAUCCACAAAGGUUCCCACUAUACCAUCUAUUCGCCCAUUGAAUUAGCCUAUAACUUGGCAGGAUAUAAAGAUCUACAGCCUCUCGUUGAUGCGAAGGAUCUAAUCUAUGAAAUGGGAAUUUUUUUUCAAGCUCAAGAUGACUUCCUCGAUUGCUAUGGGGAUCCUAAAGUAAUGGGAAAAAUUGGAACGGAUAUAGAAGAUGGAAAAUGCACGUGGCUCGUUGCAACAUUCCUCAGUCGUGCUAAUGAAGCCCAAAAGGACAUUCUGAAGAAGUUUUAUGGAAAAAAUAAUGAAGAAUCUGUUACGCAGAUUAAGAAACUCUACGAAGAAGUUGGUAUAUUUGAAGCCUUUAAGAACUACGAAGAUAAAACUUAUAAGGAUAUUAAAUGGAAAAUUCAGGAGGCAAAGGGGAUUCCGAAGAAUGUGUGUCAAGGCCUAAUGGAUAAAUUGUAUAAGAGGAACAUUUAAUUUUUUUUCAUUAAAUUUCUUGAUUUUUUAUAUGAUUUCCAUAGUUUUUUAUAUUUUUUUUUUUACAAAUAUUUCAAAUAUUUUCUAUAAAUUCCGAAUAUUUGAAUUUUUCGUAAAAGAGGGAAUUUAAACACCCCUUGAGCGUGCGUAAUAAAUUCAAACAAAAUCUUAACAAAAAAGAAA